AUAAAUUUGGUUGGAAGUUGGAAUCGCGGUUCCAGAGAUGAAUGAUGGAUGAUGGCUAAUCCCACAGCUUCUCUUUCUCUUUGUUGUACACUGACAUGAACAACUUCAACGCCUCGAAUCUUUCUCCUUGUCAAGAAACCCUCACCACAUACACAUUUCCUCGUCAGCUCAGGGUCAAAAACAAAAACAAAACACAAAAAAAACUCAAAAGGUCUCUCCCUCAGACUCAGAGCUUCUCGGAGAUGUUUUCGUUCGUGGCUUUCGUGUUCCUAUCUGGAUUUCUCCUGGGAAUUCUCGCCGUCUUAGCGGCGGAAGCGGCGGGAUUUAUGUAUCUUCUGAAGCGAUUGAAUCGGAAGAGAGAUCGGAUUGAGUCAAAACCCGCUUCUGAUCCAUCUUCCAAGGAUUUAAAUCCUCCUCGCGACUCCGUUGAUUUCUGUAUCAACAAACAGGGAACGGUCUGGGUUUUGGAGUUGGAUGAAGUUCUAAAGAACUGGAUGAAGGAGAAGUUACCAAAAGAGCAAAAGAGAAAGAGAGACUUCUUGGAGAUUCAUCCGCUUCGGAAAUUCGCUCGAAUCAAAGAUCACAAGCUCAUCUUGUCAGAUGCUGAUGGCACUCAGACGAUUGUUUCUUUAAAAGCUUGCUCUAUUGAGGCUGUUUCAGGAUCUGAUCUCCCUACACGCAAAUGGGCCAAAAGAUUUCCUAUAAAAGUUGAAAGCAAGAUUUCUCCAACUUUGUAUAAGGGAAACCAAGUGUUUUACAUCUAUCUUGAGACUUCUUGGGAAAAGGAAUCAUGGUGUAAAGCCCUUCGUCUUGCUGCUUGCGAAAAUCAGGAAAGGUUCAUUUGGUACUCCACCAAACUGAAAGAAGAUUUCCGUAAUUAUGUGACGUCUCUUCAUGUUGCAUAUCCUUCAUUUAUGAAACCAUCACUUGGCUAUAGUUUUGAGACACUUGACAAAGGAAACAGAACAGAUGGUUCUUCCUCAAAGGUUCGCUUGUUCUUGAGGAAAUUUUCUAGAAAGAGAUCCAAUCGUGAAGACAGGAAAACCUACUCACAACAUGGAAGCAGCUCAGGGAAGAGCAUUUCAGGGAAAAAGAUAGUAGAUAACAUCACAGAUGGAACUGAUGUGCCUAUUUUUUCACGAUCUGUGAGCCAUUGCAGUCAUAUUUCUGGGAUUUCAGAUGGAGACUCUGAGGAAAAGGUUGACAUGGAUGAAGGAACAUUAGCGUGGAACUUGCUAAUUUCUAGGCUAUUUUUCGAUCUGAAACGGAAAACAGGUGUGCAGAAUGCUGUGCAAGCACGAAUCCAGCGGGUUUUAUCCAACAUGAGGACUCCGAGCUACAUAGGAAAACUAAUCUGCUCCGAUGUUGACACUGGACAUCUCCCACCUCAUAUACAUGCUACACGGGUUCUACCAAUGGAGAUGAGUGGUGUUUGGGCAUUUGAACUAGAUAUCGAGUACUCUGGUGACGCGGUGAUUGAUGUUGAAACACGUGUUGACAUCCGCCAGGUGGAUCUGCAAAAAGGCAUAACCGAUACAAGGUUGCAGACAAGUUCUGCAGGGGAAGUCCCAUCAAACUUCGCUGAACGUGUUGAAGAUUUUGAAAAGCAUUUAGUCAUCCCUGUUGAAACUGUUGAUGCAGGAGAAGUGAAAAAUGGUGGAGCCAAUAAAGCAGAUGAAUUGAAGGGAUCAAAAGGUAAUGGUGUAUCCAGAUGGAAGUCUAUUCUUAAGACAAUUGCUGAACAAGUUUCCCAGGUACCUAUCUCUUUAUCAAUACGGGUGUCUUCUCUUCGAGGGACACUGCGGGUACACAUGAAGCCGCCUCCUUCUGAUCAGUUAUGGUUUGGAUUCACGAGCAUGCCGGAUAUAGAUUUCGAUCUCGCAUCUUCUGUUGGGGAACACAAAAUCACCAACAGCCAUGUUGCAAUGUUCUUGAUCAACCGGUUUAAGACGGCAAUACGGGAAGCUGUGGUUCUUCCCAACUGUGAAAGCCUGACAAUUCCUUGGAUGAUUGCUGAAAAAGAUGAUUGGGUUCAACGCAAAGCCGCUCCAUUCAUGUGGCUGAAUCAAGAAAAUGAUCACGGUAGCUCCCAGGCAACAGAAGCGAGAUCUAAAUCUGACAAGCCACCGACUUCUUCGUGCUGUAUCCAGUCUGAGCAAAUGCAGAGAACUGCAAAUGCCACCCAGAAACCGAAUAUUUCUGAAGCAGGGACUAUAUCUUCUUCCUCCUGUGCUCAGUCUGAGCAGAAAGCGGCCACUGCUUACCAGAGACCGAAUACUGAAGAAACAGAGGCUAUUGUGUCUACACCAUCGUCAAAUUCCACGACUGUAACAAUAGAGUGUGAUAAGACCUUGGGAGAACUGAGAACUCCACUCCUGCUACCCAGCAGCACUGAAAAGCAGGAGACGAACUCAAGAGGGAUUUCUGCUGUUCAAUCACCAUCUAGGUCUGCAGUUUCAAGCGAAGAAGAUGAUUCAAAGGGAAAGAAAUUGGGAAGACGAGCAAGGAUGUUGGAUCUUGGGAAGAAAAUGGGGGAGAAGUUGGAAGAGAAAAGGCGUCACAUGGAGGAAAAGAGUAGGCAGAUCGUUGAAAAGAUGAGAGGACCUUCUUAACAUGAGAAGAAAGAAGCUUUUGCAAUACAAAAACUGAUUUAUUUAUAGAACCACAGGAAGUUAGGCAUUGUUACAUGUACAGCGUUUUUGAGAGAAAGCCAUAGAUGUCUCCAUUCUUAAUCGAUCAUUGAAAAUC